AUGUGUCAGGACUAUACCGACCUGAAUAAGGCAUGUCCGAAGGACAGUUUCCCAUUGCCGAGAAUCGACCAGCUCGUUGACGCAACUGCUGGACACGAGCUGCUCAGCUUCAUGGACGCCUAUUCAGGGUACAACCAGAUCUUCAUGGACCCUGCCGAUAGCGAGCAUACGGCUUUCAUCACCGACAGCGGGUUGUACUGUUACAAUGUCAUGCCUUUCGGCCUGAAGAACGCGGGGGCAACGUACCAACGGCUCGUCAACCGGAUGUUUGCUAAGCACAUCGACGACAUUAUGGAAGUAUAUUUCGACGACAUGUUGGUAAAAAGCCGAGCGGCAGGGGGGCAUCUGGAAAACCUAACCAACAAAGUGUGCCUUCGGUGUAUCUUCGGCCAAAAAGGAAUCGAGGCCAAUCCCAAGAAAAUCAAAGCCAUAAUCGACAUGGAGACGCCGAAGAUGCAGAAGGACAUUCAAAGCCUUGCCGGACGUGUCGCUGCCUUGACGCGCUUCAUCUCCAAGGCUACUGAUAAGUGCGUACCGUUAUUCAAAGCCUUGAAAGGGGGCAAACAUCAUAUUGCAUGGACUCUCGAAUGCGACCAGGCAUUUUAA